UAAAGCUAUUCGCUAUGGAGCACGACAAACACGACAGGAUCACUAUUGUCGACGAGGGCGUCCCUCGCGAUGAAAUGCGGUCUUUGUCUCGUCGCAACUCGUCUGUCUCUAUUGGCAGUGGCCGUGGUCGAGUCGUUGCUCCGGAGAAUCUGCUGCCUAUCACAUACCGCACGCUAUCAUUCAAGGUUGAUGACACGUCCGGGAAAGACGUGCAUUCCAAUAAAAAGGAACAAGAGCAAAUAAAAGGGCUCGCGGAACUGGACUACCACCUCCUCUCUGUCGACGAGCUGCAUAAACGACUCGCAACCUCCCCUCAGGGCCUGCAAAGCGAGCAGCUCAGCAGACUAGUCGCCAGAUACGGUAGAAACCAGCUAUCGCCGCCCCCGUCAAGAUGGUUCCGCACCUUGAUGGGCUACAUCUUCGGCGGAUUUGGCAGCAUCCUUCUCGGGGGUUGUAUCCUGGUCUUUAUCGCGUGGCAACCGCUCGGCCGUCCCCCGUCACAGGCGAAUCUGGCCUUGGCUAUUGUACUUGCCGUGGUAUGGCUCCUACAGGCCGCCUUCAAUGGCUGGCAGGAUUGGUCGUCGUCUCAGGUCAUGGCGUCGAUCACGACCAUGCUGCCGGACCAGUGUGUUGCCAUUCGCAAUGGGAAUCCGACGGACUUGACUGCGGUUGAUCUUGUGCCUGGUGACUUGAUCCAGAUCAAGCAGGGGAAUAAACUACCUGCGGAUGUGCGCCUGAUUCAUGCUUCUGCUGAUGUCAAGUUUGAUAGAUCUAUCCUGACUGGCGAGUCGGAGCCUGUCCCUGGGUCGGUGGAUUCAACAAACAACAACUUCCUCGAAACGAACAAUAUCGGCCUGCAGGGCACAUACUGCGUCUCAGGAGCUGCACUGGGCAUCGUCGUCGGAACAGGAGACCAGGCAGUGUUUGGCCGGAUCGCCAGCCUGUCCAACGGCCGGAGAACAGAGUUAACGCCCAUGCAGAAGGAGAUUCUACGAUUCGUCCUGAUCAUUGCGUCUUUCAUCAUUACUUUCGUGAUAAUCAUCAUUAUAAUCUGGGCUGGGUAUCUGCGCAGAGACCAUCCGGACUUCAUCGACGUCCCAACCCUCAUUGUCAGCUGUGUCAGUGUCGGUAUAGCAUUUAUCCCAGAGGGCCUGCCGAUUUCGAUUUCCAUGGGCCUUACCAUUGCUGCUGGGAUUAUGAAGAAGAAUAAGAUCCUCUGCAAGUCCCUGGCAACGGUGGAAACCCUCGGUGCUGUCUCGGUGAUUUGUUCAGACAAGACGGGCACUCUUACCAAGAAUGAAAUGUUCGUCACAGAUUGCUUCUCCGGCAGCGAGGAAUACACCUCCGACGCAGCCAAAGAGCGCAUGGCCCACGGGAUCCCAAACAAAUCGAUCAAUCUCGUCCGUUCAGUAGGAGGACUCUGCAACGCUGCUGAGUUCGAUGCAAGCACACUGGACCGUCCGCUGCACGCUGCAAAGGUCUUUGGAGACCCUACCGACCAGGCUAUCCUGCGGCUUUCGCAGUCUCUCGGACCGGUUAAUGAGCUGCGCGCGCAGUGGAAGAAAACGUUUGAGAUUCCGUUUAAUAGCAAGAAUAAGUUUAUGGUGAGGGUUAUGAAGUCGGUUGACGAGGGCAGCGCGUACCUAUUCAUCAAAGGCGCCCCGGAUAUGCUUCUUUCGAAAUGCGCAUACGUGAUUACCAGAAACGGCGAGACCGAGGCCCUAUCCCAGAGCGAUCGCAGCAAGAUCGAAGCCAUCAAGGACCGCUGGUCGGCGAAGGGGAAGCGCGUUAUUCUCAUGGCCCAGAAACCGCUUUCGAGUGACGCGGUGAAUGCGACUUGCGAUGAGAAGGCGGUUCUUGAGUCGGCUGUGGACGGUCUCACCCUUGUAGGGCUGGUUGGACUGAUUGAUCCUCCGAGAGACGAAAUUCCUUCUGUGGUUAGCACGCUCCGUGGGGCAGCUAUUCGUAUUAUGAUGGUCACCGGGGACUACAAGCUCACUGCGCAAGCAAUCGCCAUUGAAUGCGGCAUUAUCAGAACGCAUCCUGACCUGGUCCACGAUAUCAAGGCGUUGGACUCGGAUGAAGGAUCCAUCAAACAGCCCGGUGCAACAACCGCCAUUGUCAUCAGUGGCCCCGAGCUAGCUGAUCUCUCUGACAGCGACUGGGACAGGCUAUGCGGAUACGAUGAAAUCGUCUUUGCGCGAACAACACCGGAGCAGAAACUUCGCAUUGUCAAGGAGUUCCAGGGGAGGAAUAACAUCGUCGCCAUGACGGGUGACGGCGUCAACGAUGCUCCGUCUCUAAAGGCAGCAGACGUGGGCGUUGCUUUGGGAAGUGGAUCUGAUGUAGCGAUUGAGGCUGCCGAUAUUGUUCUUCUUGAUUCGUUCUCUGCUAUCGUUGAAGCUGUCAAGUAUGGCAGACUUGUUUACGAUAACUUGAAAAAGACUGUCAUCUACCUACUUCCUGCUGGGAGUUUCAGUGAACUAUGGCCGGUCAUAACGAACGUCGUCCUGGGCGUGCCUCAAAUCUUGUCUUCUUUCCUCAUGAUCAUCAUCUGCUGUCUAACCGACUGCGCCGGCGCAAUAACUCUCGCAUUCGAGAAGCCAGAAUCCGACCUCCUCCUGAGACCACCUCGAAACCCUAAGAAAGAUCGUCUGGUCGACGCAAAGCUCCUCGGUCACGCAUACUUCUUCAUCGGUCUAUACGAGUGCUUCAUGUCUUACGCCAUGGCAUUCUGGUACAUGCAGAGAAAAGGCAUCCCAUUCAGCGCAAUGGUCCUGCGCUACGGGUCCAUGGAUCCCAAAUACGACCCCGACUACGUAACCCAAGUCGCGAACGAGGCAUCCUCGAUUUACUUCGUCAAUCUGGUCUUCAUGCAGUUCUUCAACCUGCUCGCCGUCCGGACCCGGCGGCUGAGUAUUUUCCAGCAGCCGCCGAUUCUGAAUAAGGAGACGCAGAAUCUGCUUCUGUUCCCGGCUAUGGUGUUUGCGCUGUGUGUGGUUUUUAUAUUCCUGUAUAUCCCGGCCUUGCAUGAGUCAAUCGAUACGACCACGGUGCCGGUAGAGCACUUCUUCCUCCCGAUUGCAUUUGGACUGGGGCUUUUGUUUCUAGACGAGGCUCGGAAGUAUUCAGUGCGGCGCUGGCCGAAGGGUGUCCUGGCGAAGAUUGCCUGGUAAACUAUUGUAGUUCGACUGGGGGUGAUUAAAAUGGAUGUCGGGCAAAUUAUAGUAAAUAGAUCAUGUUCUAAGAAAUUAUAUAGAUAAAUUAAAAUACUGCCAC